UGCGGCACGCAAUUUAACUCUAAAAUCCAUCCAGUUCGUAUACCAAAGGAGCUCUCAGUUCAAGCCUAUACAUCCAGAAAUGGCCGUGUUCAGAGUGUGCCUUCUCUUGGCCCUAGUGGCCGCCGCUUUGGCCGUCCCCGUGGCCCAGGAAACCGCUGCCGCGGUUCCUGCUAAGGAGUCCCAACGCGACAUCGCCGAUAUGGUUGAAGCCGCCAUCACCGGAGAUGAAGACAAACUUGGACUUCUGCCUCGUGUCGCUCUUAAGCUGGCCGAGGCCGGAGGUGAGUCUGCUCGCGGCAAGCUCAAGCUGAAGAAACUGUUGCCCUUCCUGGCCAUCUUCCCCCUGAUCAAGAUCCUGCUCCUGCCCAUCGCUAUCCUCUUCCUUAAGGGACUGACCCUGAAGGCCCUGAUCAUCGCCAAGAUCGCUCUGCUCUUCGCUCUCUUCAACGCCGGCAAGAGCCUGUUCAGCGGAAAGGCCGGCGGCCUCCUCGGUGGACUCGGCGGCAUCGGUGUUUCUUCUGACAGCUACGGCGCCUACGACAACAGCCACGGACACGACACUUACAGCAGCGCCAGCGCCGCCCCCGCACACCACAGCGGAUACUCGCGCAGCUUCCUCGAUGAGGCUGAGGUCAAGGUCAACUCGAUGAUCGAGGCCGCCGCCAAGUUCUUCGAGGGUGACGAUGAGCCCGCCAAGACCCAGUAAACGUGUGCUGGAGCUUAAUUUAUUAAUGCCGACAAAGACUCCAACUGUUAACCUUAAGGACUUGUGACUUGCCACUCUACUUCCUCUUCCUCUAGCGCUCUAGGGUGUAUCAUGACUUCCGGCCCCUGAGCGCACGCUCUCGGGCCCCGCUUUUUCAGUUACCAGUCGGUGGCAUCCGAGUUAUAGGUACACUUGACGCGCCCGCUGACAGACAGACAGACAUGUAUGAACAGACAUAUCAGUUUUAACCGGGGACUGUUGGUUGAUUUCCCGCUCUCGUUUUCUCUGAUUUUCCUCUCGCCACUUUCACAGCGGCUGAGCUGAGUAAUUUCCCUUACUUUCGCAUCACGUCUGCUGUCGCCACCUUUCUAGUUCACUUUCCAACCCCCCUUCGCUUUCACUCAGUUGUCAAUCAAACACCCCUCCACGUGCCAAAAUAGUUGUAACGAAUCAAAAUGCAAUUAUUUUUUUUAAUUCUACCCAACCCUGGACGACGCGACGCAGAACUCUGUUUUACUUUUAAGUUGACGCUCAAUCAAACGCACACGAUAAGCAAUAAGCGAACACAUGCACCGACACUAAACGGUGACUUUAUGCACACGUAUACACACACAAGACACAAAGAAGCACAGUUUAAUUUAUUGUACAACUUAUUUAUUGUUGAUCAAUGUUAAUUUAUUGCCUAAAUUAUUCUGUUGAAAAAAAUAAAACAAAGAAUCUUGAAAUUUA